ACCAAAAUUUGCAUUGCAUAUCCAGUCUAUCCUAUCUCUUGUUGCUGAUUAUACACUACAUAACUGUUUUAUCUGCAAUGUGUAUAUUCACAUUUACGAUUGUGGUGCACCAUCUAAAUAGUUCCUGUUUCGCGAAAACGGUAUAUUUGCAAUCUCUCAAUAUGUCAUGUCAAAUUUGUAUUUUUUUCUGUAAGAAAGAGAUUUUAAAUUAAAAGUAUAUGUGAAUGAAAUAAACUUCAUACGAAGUAUGAUUUCACAUUUUGGUUGGUGUGCGAAAAAGGAAAGAGUUGUAAAGUGAUACUUAAUAUUUGAUUAUUCAUAUUGAGUAUGCAUGAUUACAUUUAGUUUGUUGGUGGUAAAAUGUCCACGUCAGAGUCUGAUGUGGGAUGUAUUAGUGAAGUCACACUUGCAAUUAGUAAAGCAAGGGGUUCUCAAUCAGGUACAGUGAGAGUACUUGAUAGUCCCGACUCUGAUGGAUCUGGUCAUUCAAAUUCCUUUACCGUACAACGAUUUAAUUAUCCUGACAAUGAUAAUGCAAAUUCAGAUAUUUUACAUCCACCAUUAACUAGUGAUGACUUAAGAAUACCAAUUGUUGGAUAUGAAGUUAUGGAGGAAAGAGCUAGAUUUACGGUUUAUAAAUUACGGGUAGAAUUGAAAAAUGGAGACUGCUGGUUUGUAUUUAGGAGGUACACAGACUUUGUUCGUUUAAUGUCACAAUUAAGAAGGCAAAAAGUACCAAUAUCACAUCUAAGUCUACCAAGAAAAAAAUGGCUUGGUGAUAAUUUUGCUCCAAGUUUUUUAGAAGAAAGAAUACGUCGCCUACAGGCAUUUGUUAAUGGAGUUUUAAGCAGUCCUGUUCUCAUAGGCACUGCAUGUGUUAGAGAAUUUUUUUGUUUAGAUGAACCACCUGCCUUGUCUGAUACUGUAGAAGAGUCUAGAGCAAUUUUUGAAGCAUUAGAGGAUACUAUUUAUCAUUUGCGUCAACAAUUAAGAGAAAGGGAUGCGGCACUUGCAGCUGAAACUGCUUUAUGUAAUGAACUUAGGAAAAAACUCCAUCAGAUGUUAAGUGAAAGACAAACCUGUUUAAAAUGCGGUGCAUCUCAGUAACUGUUUGUACCAGUAAAACUCUGAUUGGUGUAAUUAGAUAACUUCAAUUCCAAUGCAUAAGUUUUGUUUAUAUUGUUAUAUUACGGAUAUUUAAUGAGAAGAUAUCGUAUAUUACAGCUAUGUUUUAUGCUUUAAUUUUAUGGGAUACUUUUCAUUCUUUUCAUUCUUAUCAUAAUUGUUUCUAUAAAACAAAUUGUUAUCCUAUACUAAGUGAUAUGUUCCUUAGAGUAAUAAGUACAUUGAGCUUUGAUAGCAUUGACGUAACUUUCAAUUAAGUUACAUAAAAGCCUCAUACAGGUGCCUUAAAGUAAUAAUACGCGAAUCUCUAUUUGUUGUUGUAUAUUUAAUAGAUGCAAUACUUUCUCAUUAAUAAAAAGUGACAAUGUAUGAAGUGUUACACUAACAAAGUUAUAAAUACAAGCCAAAGUACAUUGAUCUUUGGUAUUUUUGUAUAAUUUUCUAUACUUUGUAGCAUUUUUACAUCAUGUUAAUAUAAUUCUAAGAUUGAUUGCAUUUUUACAAUUAUAAUUAAUAUUUAUAAUAUUUGUUACUAUCAGAAUAUUGUAAUAACAGUGUUAACAUAAAAGAAUUGAUAUUACAAUAUUUUGAUGCUUGAAAAAUAUAUAUAUAUAUAUGUACAGAUAUAAUAAAUAUUUGAUAUUUCUGUAAAUUAUAUUUUGCAUUUUUACAUGUUGAACUUUGUAAUAUAGUUAAUAUUUAUUAUAUCUCAGUGGUUACUUUUAUGAAACAUUUACAAUACUGCACAAUAUAUUAAAAGAUUGUUAUACUUUGGAUCAAUUUUACAACUAAGUCUUGUAUACCUGUGGAAUUUUUUUUUGUUAAAUUUAUGAAACUUAGAAAAAAUAAUCAAUAUUAUGUGA